GCGGUGAUUGUUUGACGUUUAUAGAACUGUGAGGCGUGCUCUUGCUGAAAACGAAACCUAAUCACAGAGUGGCCGACAUUUAUCUCUAGGAGGCUCCAGUAACACGAACCGUUAGCCCCCCUGGUGUCCCACAGGCAUGGCACUACAAAUAGCAGCUCUACGUUCAUAUGUCAGGGCCCUCCCUUGCACCACCGGCCCUCUGUCCCGUGUCCGCGCAGACUUCCAAAGAGCCGGUGUCAAGUUCAAACACAUAUUAGCUCCUGGAAGCCCCCAGCUGGGAGGGAAGCCAGCAACAAGUCCUCUCCGCCGCGGCCAUAUUAGCGCUGCCCUCCGAGCUGAGAAGUUUUCAACAACAGCACUUUGUAAGUCCAGUCAGGGGAGCGGUUCCUCUUCCCCCCCGGGGAGGAGAGGCUGGCUGGGUAAGGUCGUCUUCGGUGCAGCCCUCGGAGUGAGCACAGUCACGCUGGUCCAGUCUCUCCACACCGGAACCGUGGCCGCCAUGGCCCUCAAAGUUAACCUGAACUCCGCUGAGGGAGACUGGAAGGAGACCAAGGACUUCUUGCUGUCUCUGUCGGUGAAAGACAGGCGUCAGUACUACAGGACGUCUGGCUCUGUGCCACUGAACGAUAUCCCAGUGUGGACUCCCACUGCAGGAAGUUCUGAGCCAAGCCGCUAUCAGAGGAAUGACAAGUUGGACCAGAAGAUUUCCCUCUACAGUGGCGACAUCACCAAGCUGGAGAUUGAUGCUAUUGUUAAUGCAGCCAACAAGACUCUGCUCGGCGGAGGUGGAGUGGACGGAGCCAUCCACCGUGCUGCUGGUCCAUUGCUAAAAAAGGAGUGUGCUUCCCUCCACGGGUGCGAGACUGGAGAGGCCAAGAUCACCUGCGGCUAUGGCCUGCCAGCAAAGUAUGUGAUCCACACUGUGGGGCCGAUUGCACAAGGAGGAGUCGGAGAGGAGGAAAGGAAAGCUCUGAGGUUGUGCUACAAGAACAGCCUGAAAACAGCCACAGAAAAUGCCGCACGUUCUGUGGCUUUCCCUUGCAUCUCCACUGGAAUCUACGGUUACCCACCUGAACAGGCUGUGCACGAGGCGUUAGCGACGGUGAGGGAGUAUCUGGAUGCACAUCAUGACAAGCUGGACAGAGUCAUCUUCUGUGUGUUCUUGCCGACGGAUAAGGAGCUGUAUCUGCAGAACCUCCCGCUCUACUUCCCUGCUGCGUGACCAAUGACAGCAGCUUAUUGUUCAGCUCCCACAGAAGCCACUGUCAAGAGUAAACUGUGAGAGAGUGGAUCUGUCAGAUUUUGUUGCUGUGGAUACACAUCGCUACGCUCGACAUCCAUAUUCCUCUUCCUCCGCCUUGCUUUCAACACAGAUCAAGACCUUCUUCAGCCUGAAGAUAACUCCUUAAUGGAGUAUUGCUUUUUUGAAGUGCACUCUGGCUCUUCUGCAGAUACUGAUUAGUUUCUCGGUUUUUCCCUCUAAUAGUUGAGGUUAAGAGACGUAUCAAGAUGAAAGUGUGAAAUUAUGAUGAUGAUUCUCAUGAAAAAUGGACUGUAUGUACCUGAAGCUGCACUCUAACAUGACCUUUAUUCUUUGUGAUCAGUGAUAGCUUUGCAUAAAGCUUAUAACCUCCUGUGA